AUGCAUCGAACCUACUCCAUGCGACAGUCGAGGGCGCCGACCCAGUCGCAGAUCGAGAAGCCACCUCCUCCUCAAAGCUCUACGAAAGUUGGAAGGCUGUUUGGAACUUCAAACAUAGGUUGCGGCCCAGAUUUGUCCAAGAAGCUUUCUCAGCUUGUGAAAAUGGAGAAGAAUCUUAUGCGGUCUAUGGAACUUGUUGGGCGUGAACGGCGUGAGGUUGCUCGCCAGCUCUCGAUAUGGGGUGAGGAGUGUGAUGAGGAUGUUUCUGAUAUUACGGACAAACUGGGUGUGCUCAUCUUUGAGGUGGGUGAGUUGGAGGACCAAUUUAUCGACCGAUACGAUCAAUACAGGGUUACUAUUAAGGGCGUGAGGAACAUUGAGUCUAGUGUUCAACCCAGCCGUGAUCGCAAACAAAAGAUCACCGACCAAAUUGCGCAGCUCAAGUACAAGGAUCCUACAUCUCCCAAGAUCGUGGUGCUUGAGCAGGAGCUUGUUCGUGCCGAAGCCGAAUCACUUGUAGCUGAAGCGCAAUUGUCCAAUAUCACCCGUGAGAAAAUCAAGGCUGCAUUUACGUACCAGUUUGAUGCUCUCAGGGAGCACUCCGAGAAACUUGCGUUGAUCGCUGGAUAUGGAAAGCAUCUGCUGGAGCUCGUGGACGACACUCCAGUUACACCGGGCGAGACAAGGCCGGCCUACGACGGAUACGAAGCAAGCAAAGGUAUUAUCCAGGACUGUGAGGAUGCUCUUACGAACUGGGUCGAGGCCAAAGCUGCCGUUCGCUCCCGCCUUUCCCAGCGUGGGUCUCGCCCACGCCGUACCCAUGGCCGUGGCACCCGUGCCGGCGCCGGCGAAGGGGUGUCUCUCGCCGAUCAAGACCGCCCCAUGCAACGUGGUUCUGGCGAGUGGGUACCGGCAGACGAACAUCAUCACCGCAAUCAUCGUGAGAACGAUGAUGAUUAUGAAGAUAUUACCGAUGACGAGAACGGCCACCACAGGCACUUAGACAGUGAUGGCGCUCGCGGUAUGCGUGGUGCCCGCAAUGGGGCCAUCUUGAAUUACGGCGGCGCUGAGCUCCACGCUCGGGAUGGUAUGUCGAAUGCCGGCAGAAGUGGCGUGUCGACAAAUGGUAAAAUGGGAAAUGGAAGGUCUCGCAAGCGCGAUAGCGGUGUUGGCGGAAUGGACGGUGGCAGGGGAUAUGAGCACGGCGUCACUUCCAUGAAUACUGAUGGAGGUGGUGUGAGCUCCAGAGCAAAUGGCGGAUAUGAUGGAAGGUAUACUUCUGAUGCCAAUAUUAUGGGUAUGAGCAGGGGUUAUGAUAAUGCACGUUCUAAUAAUUCUACUAUACCCGUUGCUGUUUCUGAUGUUGGUCGCGAUUCUGUAUUACAUGUUUCUCCCGGUGUCAAGGAAUCUAAUUCAAACUUGGCUCCUUAUAUGAUUGGUCGUGGUGGUGUUGGUUCUUAUGAUAGUUCAAUUCCUGGAACUGGCUACGGUACUGGAUCCGGAACUCGGACAUACGCAGCACCUCGUGAAGAUUAUGGCCCUCGUUCGUAUGCGCAAAACUUAAACGUGGACCCCUCUCGCUCUGGACCCUUCGAACAUCGAACUGGUGAAAUCCAUGCCUCUCCACAUCCCGAAGGCAGGUUAUCUUACAGCCGUGAUGCCGCAUCUGAGUUUGGUCUCGGCCCUAGUUCCGGUGAGCAACAUUCCGGUAGUAGAGAUUAUGCUGCCAGAGAAAACUAUCCAUCUGCUACCCGGCAUGUAACCGAUACUGCGGCAAACGCGGCAUCAAUCGCUGGGGAUACGGCUGCAAAUGCGGCCUCCUAUGCCGGAGACACAGCUAUAAACGCAGGAUCUUAUAUGGCAGACACUGUCUCCGCCAUGAGGCCAAUGGAGAAAGCGGCCAAUGCGGCAUCCUACGUUGGGGAUACAGCAACUGCUGCGGCGUCAUAUGCUGGAGAUACGGCUGCAAACGCUGGAUCUUAUAUGGCGGAUACAGUCAAAGAAAUGAGGCCGAUGGAUACCGCAGCGAAUGCGGCAUCUUACAUCGCCGAUACAGCCAGGAGCGUCGCUCCUCCGGCCGGCCCUUCUUCUAAUCUCCAGGCAGAAACUGGCCCUGGAGUCUAUGAAAGAAAUUAUUCUCCGGGCGACGCCUCCGGUUAUGACAGCCGUACGUACGCCUCUAGUGAUAGAGCUUCUAUCACGCAGAAGAUGGUAGACACGGCGGCGAAUGCGGCGUCCUACGUUGCAGAUACAGCCAAAGAUGUUGCUUCUGGUAUCGGUCUUACUUCUAGUACUGGCCCCAGCACUACAACUGGAGAAAAACAUUAUACGGGGUCCGGAAAUGGUGAUUAUUCCUCCGGUGGGGAUAUUACUGCAAGACCAGUUUCGGAUACAAUGGCGAACACUGCGUCCUACGUAGUAGAUACGGCGAAAACCGUUGCUUCUAGUAUGGGAAUUACGCCUAGUAGUGAUAUUGGGAAUUAUGCCGAGAAAAAUGCAGGCUCAAACACAGUACCUCGUGGGUAUAGCAUUGGUACUGGAACUGGAUUUGGAUCUGGUAAUAGUUACAACCCUCAUCCCCGCUCCCGCGGUAUGCCUGGAAGUUUUGACGAUAGCUAUAACAACUCUUAUAACACCGUGGGAAUGGAUGGAGGCGGUUCUAGGAGAGCAAAUUCUGUUUCUUAUAGGGGAGGAGCAUACAUUUCAGGCCAUGACAGCCACGAUAAUCCAACUAGAGAGGCUGAAGAAGUUCCUUGGAAUACCGGUCGAGACGGAGAAGAUAAAACACGAAUGGGCCAACGACUGCCUCGUGAGAACCUGGAUCGUGACAGGAUAGAGCAUGAGCAGAAAGAGCAUGAGAGAACGAUGCGUGAGCGUACGGAGCGUGAUAUGCAACACGCACGCAUGGAUAGGGAGCGCAUGGACCGCGAACGAAACGAUCCUAAUCAGACAGGAGCAUGGCCUGAACGACGCAGAUCUCUUGGGGAAAGAUACGUUAUCACCAGAGACGGCGGUGCAGCAAUGCUAGACCCAAGUCCACAAGGGAUGCCAGCGAUGGCGAGGAUUUACGAGGUAGCGGGCCCUGUAGGAAGUGCUCCCCGCGAUGACGCCAACCUUAAAGCUGAACGUCUCCGCGAAGAAUUGGAAAAAGAGAUGCAGGAUACACAAAAUGAAGCCCUCAGAUUGGCAAGGGAGAGGAGCACCGGGGAACCUUUAGGAACAAACAAUUCACAAAAGAUUGUCGGUCCUGGCCAGAAAUAUUCUUCCCUCGUCAGUCAGGAUCCAGGCCCGCUAGAUGUCAAGCGUAGUGGAGGUGAAACGGGUCAUAUCCCUGGUGCUUUUGAGAAUAAUAAACGUUCUGGCGCUACCAAUACUCAAGAAGCCCGCCUCAAUAAUCCUUUAAGCGCCAAUCUCGAACAGCAACAAGCUGAGCGAGAACGAGAAUCCGAGAGAUUUGUCCGCAGGUCAUCCAUGGACAGACAUCGUGCCACCGAUACAGGUCAUGGCUCUGGCCCUGGGGGGAUGAUGACAACCAUGAGAAAUGACUCGGAGUACCGAGACCAGAAACUGGACGAUACUGGACGAGUAGUAACAAAUGAGAGGCAAAGGGAACACGAUGUGCGAGAAAAUAUUGAGAGCCAAUUCGAGGGGGAUGACGACGACGAUGAAAUAAGGAGGAAAAGCCUGUUGGGAAGGGCAGCAAGCAAAAUGGGGAAUUUGUUGAAGACCUGA